GACAUCUGUGAUAACAUCUUCUAUAAAUCAAACUUUUUCAAGAAUUCUCUGAAGGAACCAAGUAGGCUCUUCGUACAUCAUGACUUAAUCUGAAUGCAAGAACAAGAAAUAGGAUUUAUUUUUAAAUAUGAUGAAGGGCUGUGUAUAAACACUGACCCUGACUCAAUUCUCAUGAGCAUUUUAGACAUGAGUUUACAUCGGCAAAUGGGUUCAGAUCGAGAUCUUCACUCUUCUGCUUCAUCUGUAAGCUUGCCUUCUGUUAAAAAAGCACCCAAAAAAAGAAGAAUUUCAAUAGGCUCUCUGUUUCGGAGGAAAAAGGAUAACAAACGUAAAUCAAGGGAGCUAAAUGGCGGGGUGGAUGGAAUUGCAAGUAUUGAAAGUAUACAUUCUGAAAUGUGUACUGAUAAGAACUCCAUUUUCUCUACAAAUACCUCUUCUGACAAUGGAUUGACUUCUAUCAGCAAACAAAUCGGAGACUUUAUAGAGUGCCCUCUGUGCCUUUUGCGGCACUCUAAAGACAGAUUUCCCGAUAUAAUGACUUGUCAUCAUAGAUCUUGUGUGGAUUGCUUACGACAAUACCUAAGGAUAGAAAUCUCUGAAAGUAGAGUUAAUAUCAGUUGCCCAGAAUGUACUGAACGGUUUAAUCCCCAUGACAUUCGCUUGAUAUUAAGUGAUGAUGUCUUGAUGGAAAAAUAUGAAGAAUUUAUGCUUAGACGGUGGCUUGUUGCAGAUCCUGAUUGUAGGUGGUGUCCAGCUCCAGACUGUGGUUAUGCUGUGAUAGCAUUUGGAUGUGCCAGCUGUCCAAAACUAACUUGUGGGCGAGAAGGCUGUGGAACAGAGUUCUGCUAUCACUGUAAGCAGAUUUGGCACCCCAACCAGACCUGUGAUGCUGCUCGACAGGAGAGAGCCCAGAGCUUACGUCUGAGAACUAUUCGGUCUUCAUCCAUUAGUUAUAGUCAGGAGUCUGGAGCAGCAGCUGAUGAUAUAAAGCCAUGUCCUCGAUGUGCUGCUUAUAUAAUAAAGAUGAAUGAUGGAAGUUGCAAUCAUAUGACAUGUGCUGUCUGUGGUUGUGAAUUUUGUUGGUUGUGCAUGAAAGAAAUUUCUGACUUACAUUAUCUGAGUCCAUCUGGGUGUACCUUUUGGGGGAAGAAACCCUGGAGCCGAAAGAAGAAAAUCUUGUGGCAGCUGGGAACCCUUGUUGGUGCUCCUGUGGGAAUCGCCUUAAUAGCUGGCAUUGCUAUCCCUGCAAUGAUUAUUGGCAUUCCUGUGUAUGUGGGCCGGAAGAUUCACAAUCGAUAUGAAGGCAAGGAUGUUUCAAAGCACAAACGGAAUCUGGCCAUAGCAGGUGGUGUAACAUUGUCAGUAAUCGUAUCUCCCGUAGUAGCUGCAGUGACUGUGGGCAUUGGUGUUCCUAUUAUGUUAGCUUAUGUCUAUGGCGUUGUUCCAGUUUCUCUGUGCCGAAGUGGAGGUUGUGGAGUCUCAGCAGGCAAUGGAAAAGGAGUAAGGAUUGAAUUUGAUGAUGAAAAUGAUAUAAAUGUUGGUGGAACUAACACAGCUGUAGACACAACAUCAGUAGCAGAAGCAAGACACAACCCUAGCAUAGGGGAGGGAAGUGUUGGUGGUCUGACUGGCAGUUUGAGUGCAAGUGGAAGCCACAUGGAUCGAAUAGGAGCCAUUCGGGACAACCUGAGUGAGACAGCCAGCACCAUGGCCCUUGCUGGAGCGAGCAUAACCGGGAGCCUGUCAGGAAGUGCCAUGGUAAACUGUUUUAACAGGUUGGAAGUACAAGCAGAUGUGCAAAAAGAACGGUACAGUCUAAGUGGAGAGUCUGGCACAGUCAGCCUGGGAACAGUUAGUGAUAAUGCCAGCACCAAAGCAAUGGCAGGAUCCAUUCUGAAUUCCUAUAUCCCAAUGGACAAAGAAGGCAGCAGUUUGGAAGUGCAAGUAGAUAUUGAAUCAAAGCCAUCCAAGUUCAGGCACAACAGUGGGAGCAGUAGUGUGGACGAUGGCAGUGCCACUCGGAGCCAUGCUUGUUCAUCCAGUGGCUUGCCCGAAGGUAAAGCCAGCGCCACCAAGUGGUCCAAAGAAGCAACAGCAGGAAAAAAAUCAAAAUGUGGUAAAUUGAGGAAAAAAGGUAACAUGAAGAUAAAUGAGACCAGAGAGGACAUGGAUGCACAGUUAUUAGAACAACAAAGCACGAACUCAAGUGAAUUUGAGGCUCCAUCCCUCAGUGACAGUAUGCCAUCUGUAGCAGAUUCUCACUCUAGUCAUUUUUCUGAAUUUAGUUGCUCUGACCUAGAAAGCAUGAAAACUUCUUGCAGUCAUGGUUCCAGUGAUUAUCAUGCCCGCUUUGCUACUGUUAACAUUCUUCCUGAGGUAGAAAAUGACCGUCUGGAAAAUUCCCCACAUCAGUGUAGCAUUUCUCUGCUUACCAAAACUGCUUCAUGUUCAGAAGUUCCACAACCAAGUCAUAUUGCUGAAGAACAUGGUAACAGUGGACUAAAACCUAAUGUUGAUUUGUAUUUUGGUGAUGCACUGAAAGAAACAAAUAAUAACCACUCACAUCAGACAAUGGAAUUAAAAGUUGCAAUUCAGACUGAGAUUUAGGCCCAUAAGUGCUGCAAAAAUAAUUACCGCUGAACAACCUUGGAUGGAGCUGGUUGAACUGUGUGUGACUGUAAGAUUUUGUGUUACCAGCAAACGCCAUUAUCAUAAUCAUAAUGCAGAUAUAUUUUCUGUGUUCAGCAGAGCAUUGUGUUUCAUGUGAAUCGUAAUUACCAAACUAUGAAAUGAAGGCUUUAAAAGUGCAUUAUUGUAAGAGUAAUAAAUCUUAAGAGCAAAGCAUGUUUUGUGUGCUUCUCACAAAACAUUGCUUGAUGCACAUACCUGUGUAUUUAGAUAGAAAUUUGGCUUAAUUUAUAAUCAAUAUAAAAUACUAAUGCAGUUCUACAGCAUUCUUAUAAAGAAAACUUGAGGCUUAGGGAAAAGUGGUUAGUGACAUUUUAUUGAAACCACUAAGGGACAUUUAGAAGAAUGUCAAGUUACUCUCAGUAUAUGAUAUUCUCUGUAACAUUUCUAUUCAUAACUGGACUAAAAUUUCUUUUUCUUCAUAUGCAAUGUGAAUACAUAAUGCUUAAUGCAGCCCUUUUGCAACCAUUGGAUACUUAGACACAUUGAGCAGGAUUGUGGCAGUUUUUGCACAACUUUGAAAUAAAAAUACCUGGUACUCUAUAUAUCUUGAAUAUUAUUGAUGCAAUUUUAGAAGAAAAGUGUAAAGGUAGAUAAUUAAGUGUAUUGACAACAACAAAUAAGGUAUAUAAAACUGCAAAAUAAUAUCCCAUUCGGUUUUAAGUGUUACCAAAACAAGUCAGCUUUUACUAAGGGGAAGUUUGUACCCUACUGCUUUUUGGUGCCUUUGGGAUAGACUGGGUUUUAAGGAUCUAGUCAUAUGAACAUUUUGCUCUAUUAUUAUCCAUAAUGUCCUCUUUAGUCACCUUGGAUUAUAUAGAAAAAUACAGGUCGUAGAUAAACGUGAAUGUGAUUAAUAACAGUGCUGAAAAAGUAUUAGCCUACCAAAGACACACUCAGGCUUUAGUGAAAAACUUCACAUAACCUCAGUUUUUAACACAUUUGUAUCUUUUCCAACCAUGAAAUCAAAGCAUGGUGCAGAGACUGUACCAAGUACACAAGGUCCGUGUAUGGUUGGCUUUGUAUCCUUUUGCUUUGUGUAUGAAGAUGUUCAGCUAGCAGAAGCAGAAGUUGGCCAAAAUACUGCCUUUACUGUUAACUUCCCAUAUAAUUCACUGUUAAUUAAAUCAGUUUAACCUCAAUGAUAACAGUUAAAAUGUUCCACUUAUGUGUUCCUUUAAGUAUUACCAUUAUGGUGCUACUGAGCAUUUCCUUUUGAGAAAAAGAAGCAUGUCAUGGGCUGCAAAUCUUCCAUCACUUUUCCUCACCGGGCCCAUUAAUAUGUUUAUAACACUAGUGCCAGCUCUUUUAUUUGAUAAUGCUUGUUACGGUAUUUGUAUAUUUGUUUGCAUUCCAGUUUUUUUCAGUAAUGAGUGUUCAACUACAUACAUGAAAUAAAUGUAAAUACUAAUGUAUUGCUGCCUUUUUGUGUGUGCAUAAAUAUUUUUAUAAAAACAAGAAUAUUCAGGGCCAGGGAUUUGGCUC